AUUUGAGAAAUGCCUUCUUUUCUCGGUUCCCUUUUUUUUCUUCAAAGAAAAAAAAUUUGUUAUUUGUUCAAGCUGUAGGGUUUUGCAGACAGACUACUGAGAAUUUGGUUGAAGAAAUAAUGGAACACGGGUCCUUCACUGAUAACAGUGCUGCAACGUUUUCCUUAACAGAGGAGGAUCAUACUCUAGCUAAUGCUCUUAGAUUCACCUUGAAUCAAGACCCAAGGGUAACAUUUUGUGGCUACAGUAUCCCUCAUCCUUCGGAUGCUCGAGUUAAUAUUAGAGUUCAGACAACUGGUGAUCCGGCAAGAGAGGUAUUGAAAGAUGCAUGUCAGGAUCUGAUGCUGAUGUGCAAGCAUGUAAGGAGCACUUUUGACAAGGCUGUUGAAGAUUUUAAAGCAAGCAAUGCUGUGAAGGCCAUGAAUAUUGGUUCCCAAGACAGUGAUUCAGAAGACAGUGAAUGAAAUUUGUAUCUUUCCAUUAUCGUCUUUGAGAUCUUUGUUUAAACUAUCAUGUCCUCAAGAUAUCAUUAUCUCCCUAUAAAGUAGUGCUUUUGUUAUCUUAUUG